GUUGAUACGUGUGUGUCUGACAUGUCGAUGAUUAAUGUUCAUAUAGUCCAUGCCGCGUGUAGGGCGCGGGCUUGGGGCUGGGGCCAGGACGCUGUGCCCGACCUCGAGCCCGAGCUGGGCGGCCUGGAGCGCGUGCCGAGGCAGACGGCGCCGCUGGAGCCCGCGCCAAGUCCCGUGGAGACGGUUCACCAGACCAUCAACUCACCGCACAGCGACACGACGAAGCCGCCGCUGUCUCCCAGGGCCGCCCCCUGCGCCGCCGAGCCCGGCUUCGCGCGGGCGGCGCAGCCGGCGGCGGCCGCUGGUCCGAGGUCCUGCCAGCUGCUGGUGGGCCAAGUCCGGGCCCUGUCGCCGGCCUCGGUGACGCGCACACGGCGGGCCACCGUGCCGGUGCCAGCGGUGGUGCCAGCUGGGUCGCCCAGCACGCAGUCCACCUCCAUGGGCGGCGCGGGCUGCUACAUGUCCGCCAGCCUGCCAGGCGGGCUGCCAGCGGCUGGUGCCACGCGGCCGCCACUGCAGGGCUCCGCGUCCCCAGGCUGGGACGCCAGCCGCCGCACUCCGCGGCCGCCGCAGGCGCCGCUGCACCUGGCCGCGGCGCCGCUGCUGCGCUCGGCCCCGUGCGCGCAGGCCUCCGCGGGCGAGCGGGAACGCUACCUCUCGGAGAUCCGCGCGUUGCGGGAGGAGAACCGCAGCCUCAUGCAGCUCAGGGUCUCCACCCCACAGCAGUCGCAGCCGCCGGUCGCCCCCGUCUCUGGGCCGCCCGUGCCCGCGGCGCGCGGGCCGGCGGGCGCCCCCAGCCAGGCCGUGCACCGCUACCAUUCGUACCCGACGAUCAACCCGCCCACGGUGGCUGGCUUGGCGGCGGCUCCCCAGUGCGCUGGCACCGCGAGCGUGCCACGGCCCCGUGUCGCUGCCGCUGCUGUUCCGGCUCCACCGGCCCGUCGGCGUCCACGGGAUGGCGGUCGGCGGCGUCACGGCGGCCAGCGUGCCGACGUGUUCGUCCGCUUCUGACGCCGCCCUCCCCCCCGUGGCAGCGGCGGCCGCGGCGAGCCGAGGCGGGGAGCCUGGCGCCUCCGCGCGCCCCGCGGGGUGGUCGGGCGGCGCGCACAAGGUGGGCCGCCCAUACUGGCUGGGAGUAGCUCGGGUCGGUCAGCGCCGUCUAGCCUCGCAGCAUCGCCGGUGCAUCCAGUGCCCGAUUUUCUCCGUCCUGGCGUAGCCUGUGCAUGGGCUCUGCAUGGGCCAUGCGGCGCGAGCUUGCGACCCCAUCUGCUCCAGUUCCAGUUGGGCGACCUCCACUCGAGGGGGUGAUGCGCGGGGGGUGACCUUUGAAGGUACCCAGAACGAGCAGCCAAGUCUCCGCAUCUUCCUGACGGCCCCGUCACGCCAACCAGAACCCGCUG